AUGGAGGGGUCAAACGGCACAUCGCUUGGCGCGGAGGAGUUCACGAACACCUUCAGGGGCUGGAACGCCUCCACGCCGAGGGAAAUUCCCAUCGUGCACUGGGUCAUCAUGAGCAUCUCCCCGCUGGGCUUUGUGGAAAACAGCUUUCUCCUCUGGUUCCUGUGCUUCCGGAUGAGAAGAAACCCCUUUACGGUCUACAUCACCCACUUGUCUAUUGCAGACAUAUCGUUGCUCUUCUGUAUUUUCAUUCUGUCUAUCGACUAUGCCCUUGACUACGAGCUCUCCUCUGGCUAUUACUACACAAUCAUCUCUUUGUCGGUGACUUUUCUGUUUGGCUACAACACAGGCCUUUACCUCCUGACAGCUAUCAGUGUGGAGAGGUGUCUGUCAGUCCUGUAUCCCCUUUGGUAUCGAUGCCAGCGCCCCAAACACCAGUCAGCAUUCGUCUGUGCCCUCCUGUGGGCUCUUUCUUGCCUAGUAACCCUCAUGGAGUAUGCCAUGUGUAUCGACAGUAGAGGACAGGGCCAGUCUCGGGGCGACUGUCGUGCGGUCAUUAUCUUCAUUGCUGUUCUGAGCUUCCUGGUCUUCACCCCACUCAUGGUGGUGUCCAGCACCAUCCUGGUGGUUAAGAUCAGAAAGAACACGUGGACUUCCCACUCUUCCAAGCUUUACCUGGUCAUCAUGGUCUCCAUCAUCAUCUUCCUCAUUUUCGCCAUGCCCAUGAGGCUGCUUUACCUGCUCUACUAUGAGUACUGGCCGACGUCUGGGAACCUCCACCACAUUUCUCUGCUCUUCUCCACCAUCAACAGCAGCACUAACCCUUUAAUUUACUUCUUUGUGGGUAGCAGUAAGAAGAAGCGGUUCAAGGAGUCCUUAAAGGUGGUUCUCACCCGGGCUUUCAAAGAUGAGGUGCAGGCCCGGCGCCAGGAAGACCGUGGUAAUGCCAUUACCAUGGAGACUGCCGUCUGA